GUCAUCAAAUCACCAUAUGAAGUUUAUUAUCAUCAUUAACCCCAUUUCACAGAUUAGACAACAAAGGUACAAACAUUAAGUAACUUAUUCAUCAUAAUGUAGUUUAGUUAUAAGUACAGAUUUAAGCCCUGGUGUGACACUCGGUAAGCAUUGCUGGGGGCACCAGAUGGUUGCUGGUUGAUAAGAAUAAGGGUAUGAAGUUACAGCACAACCUGUAGCCCCAAGGUGACAGGAGUGCAGGUCUCCUGUGAUUUCCUGUUCAGAAGUCGGUCUGGUCCCAGAGCUCAGCCUGCAGUGUCACCACCUAUAACGUGCAGUAAGUUUUGGGUGAAGAGGGUAGACGGAUUAUGGAGCUAUUAGGUCACCAGAGCUGGGAAGUGGGCUGCCCUCCCUGGCUCCUUGCUGCUUAAGGACUGAUGCUCCGGCAUGCUGACUCAGCCCAUGGCACAUGGGAAGGACCAGAUAGCGCCAGGCAGUCACUCUCCUUGUAGCUGAACAACGGCCGGAGCCUACAGCGCUGCACUGACACUACCCGCUCUCUCAGGGCCUGAGGACAAGGAGCCCACCCUACCAACCUUUCGGGGAGCAGGGCAGCAGCGAUUGGGGUUUUGAAAGCUUUCAUCAGAAAGUUGUGGGCGGAAACUUCCCGGGGGUUUGCUCUGAGCUUCUUGAGGCUUCUCAGGUUCAGAUGCAGAGUGAGUGGGUGUCUCUUUGAGAAGCCGAAAAAGAGAACGAAAGAGAGGUGUUUCCCUUGGUUCUGGAAACUCUAUAAAGAGAGAACGGGCUUCUUUCUCUUGAGCAGUCAGAAAUUGGGCCUCUGCACGACUGAGGAAGAGGAAAACCCUUGGCUGGAGGCCGGCCUGAGGCAUUGGAUGCCAUGCAGCAGCCCUUGAAUUAUCCAUACCCCCCAAUCUUCUGGGUGGACAGCAGUGCCAGCUCCCCCUGGGCCUCUCCAGGGUCUGUCUUCCCCUGUCCGUCCUCAGCGCCAGGAAGGCCGGGGCAACGGAGGCCACCCCCACCGCCACCCCCACCACUGCCACCACCGCCACCCCUGCCUCCGCUGCCGCCGCCACCUCUGAAGAAGAGGAGGGACCACAACACAGGCCUGUGUCUCCUUGUGAUGUUUUUCAUGGUUCUGGUGGCCCUGGUUGGAAUGGGGCUGGGGAUAUUUCAGCUCUUCCGUCUACAGAAGGAGUUGGCCGAACUCAGAGAGUCCACCAGCCAAAGGCAUACAGCAUCAUCUUUAGAGAAGCAAAUAGGUCAUCCCAGUCCACCCUCUGAGAAAAAGGAACUGAAAAAAGCAGCUCAUUUAACAGGCAAGUCCAACUCAAGAUCCAUCCCUUUGGAAUGGGAAGACACCUAUGGGAUUGCCCUGGUCUCUGGGGUGAAGUACAAGAAGGGCAGCCUCGUGAUCAACGAAACUGGGCUGUAUUUUGUGUAUUCCAAAGUGUACUUCCGGAGUCAGUCCUGCACCAACCAACCCCUGAGCCACAAGGUCUACUCCAGGAACUUUAGGUACCCCCAGGACCUGGUGCUGAUGGAGGGGAAGAUGAUGAACUACUGCACUACCGGGAAGAUGUGGGCCCGCAGCAGCUACCUGGGGGCUGUAUUCAAUCUCACCAGUGCUGACCAUUUAUAUGUCAAUGUAUCUGAACUCUCUCUGGUCAGCUUUGAGGAAUCUAAGACAUUUUUUGGCUUAUAUAAACUCUAAGAAAAGCACUCUGGGAUUCUCUCCAUUAUGAUUCCUUGUUACAGGCCCUGAGAAUAUUGUCCUGAAUGUUUUCUUAAGUCCACUUGAGGUCAUGAGAGAAGACAUGAACCAAGAGGAUCUUGAGACUACAGAGUCCAGGAGGUCUACAGUUCCUUAUCUUACCUAAGGUCCACAAACCAGACAGGAGGACUAUGAGUAAUGAACAUGAAACUCUGGGCUGCCAUGUGGAGAUGCAAAGGCAGGGAAAAGUGACUACCAGUUGCCUGUGCCAGCAACUACACUCAUCUUAAGUGGCCUAGUGCAUUUGGACACAUUGAAAAUGGCACCUUUUAACUCACCUCUUGGGGUGGGUCUACUGUCUACCUCAGGGGAGGCUGUCUUUCAUGUAUAUGGAUGUGACGUGAAUGUAUAAGGGAUGGGAAAAGAGGACCAGGCUUGCAUGAUAAGCUAAAGAGACUGAAAGGCCAGUGUCCCACUGGCAGCAUCUUUAUUUCUAGAUGUACAAUCCGAGCCAUCAGGUGAUGUUAACAGAGAAGCAAAAGAAAUCUUUUGGGAACUCAGUACACUCCCUAUACAGCAUGUAUAUUUCCAGUGCAAUUGUAGGUGUGUGUGUGUGUGAGUGUGAGUGUGAGUAUGUGACGAGAGGGUAACAUAAGUAGAAAGAAUGUGGAAAUUGGGAAGGGCAUGUUAGAAUAUGGGUUGCAUUUGGUGGUAGAUUUUGAAUGCUUUUUGGUAACUAACUCUAAUAGUCUUCAAAGCUCUUUGUCAGUUAUUAAUGUUGUUUUCCCAUAAUAUAACCAUAUUUAUAUGUAUUUUGUACAUUUUUAAUGAAAGAAUACCCAUAACAAAAACUAUAUUUUAUAAUAUAGGUAGACAUUAUGAGUGUUCUAUUUGGAAAUCACUAAGGUUUGUGUAUUUUCUUUAUUAUUUCUUUUCUCCAUGGCUUCCUCAUUCAUUAUGACUUAAGCCCACUUAAAGAAGAAUUUACUAGUGUGAGAAGAGUUAUGAGGCAAACCUUUGCAUCUUUGCCAGGUUUUCCUCUCCUCACUAUAUUCUCUUUCCCUUCUUUCUCCUACUACCCAGAGUUUCCAUUACCAGUAUUAUUGCCAGUGUUAAGCUCACCCAUUUCCCAUAAAUUUGAUGACAGUUUGUCUUUUCCUGGGGGCAGAGACAUGGCACAAUGCAAAGGGCAUAGACUUUGGGCCUAAAAACCUGAAUUUGAAUCUUUGUUCCUCUACUUAAUAACUAUGCAGGUCACUUGACCUUUUUUGGACAAAAGGGGGGGGGUGAUACAUACAUAAAGUAUCUGAUACAUAGUGGAAUGUCAAAAAUAGUAUCUUCCAUUAUUAAUAAAGGGAGGUACUUCAUUCUGCAGAAGAAGCUACAAAUCUGAGAGAUCCAUCCAAACACCUGUUUCUUGCCUUCUCACCUUGGUCAGUCACAAUGACCUUUUCUUAUUUUGUCCAAAUGCCCAUUACCAUGACUUCUCCUUAUACUUUGUCACUGUUAAAAAUAACACUUAUGUUAGAAUUUGAUUUCAGUACCUUAUUUUCACAACACAAUCUCCUAUAAUUCAAACUCAACUGAUCCAACAUUUUCUCUCCUAAAAUAUAUAUUUUUCCAUAUUUGGCAUUCAAUUAAUAAAUAGUAUCAUUUUCUUGCUUAUCUAUCACCUCCUUCUUAAUCUUCACUCUUUUCUAUAUUCAGCUUAGAUUGCAUGAUCUCUCAUUACAAUUGGUACCUUGGAAAGACCUUGAACUCCAAAAUACUCUAUUACAGUCACUAUUUUCUUCUUGUAAAAAUCUCAUAUUCUUUAUUCUGGCAUCCUAGCAGCUGGAUGUUGCUGGAGAAAAAUGACUCAAACUGAUUGACUAGUUUCAUUUUAUUUUUAUCUAUCAUCUACUUAAAUCAGCCAAUCAAUUAUUUAUCUAUCAGUGAAUUAUUUCUGUCUUUUGAUUGAUUUGAAUAGAUAAUACAUGCACAUAGUACAAAUUGUAAAAGGUAUACGAAGAUAGAGGAUGAAAGUAAGUCCUCUUCUCAUCCUGUCCUAUGGCUCCACUCUGCCCACAGAGAAGAUCACUGUCUCCUUCUGUAGCUUUUACGAGAUGGUCUAUACAUAAAUACGACAUCACUUUUUGUCAGGGUUUCCCAACCUCGGUUCUAUUGACAUUCUGAGCUGGCUAAUUCUUUAUUGUGAGGGUUGUCCUGCCCGUGCAUUGUAGUAUGUUUAGCAGUAUCCCUGCCUUCUACCCACUAGAUACUAGUAGCAUUCCCCUCCCCACCAUGUGUCAUAACCAAAAAUAUCACCAAAUGAGGCCAAAUGUCCCCAGGCUGGGAGUGGGGAGACAAAAUCCCUCCUGGUUGAGAACCACUGCUUUUUAUUAGUGAUCAGAGAUUUCAAAUCAGCAUUCAAAGGCCCACCACUUUUUCUUCAGUUUCUUCACAAGCAUUUUUUUUUUCACUGUUUGAGACAAUUACAUCAUGUCUUUUCCUCUUGUAAACCAACCACAUCCCCUCCUCCCACCAUGGAAUCUCACUUCUACCACUGAAACACAAACCCACCUGCAUCUGAAUGAUCUCUUUCUUCCAUCCGAUACAGAGGAGGAAGAGGACCAUCUAUUUGUGCACUAGACUCAUUUCCUCUUCCCUGCUUAACCUGUUUAAAAAUUUUCUUCUUUCUUCUGGAUCUUCAAACUAGCUGUCUAUGAAAUAAUGCCCACUAGCAUGUAAUACAUAUAUACUCAAGUAUUUCCUUUCACUAAAAGACAAAUCAAACCACAAAACAACCCAAACCUUUCUUUAACCUUCCUCUUCCAUCAGUAAUGGCUUCGUUUCUCAUUUUCCUGGUAGAGACAAACAUCUGAGAAGGUUUUCUCCAUACACAUGAGCUCCAUUUUUUUUUUUUUUCUAGUCAGGAAUCUGGUUAGGUUAUUUAUUUGACCACUUAAAAAUAUCUGCUUUUUUUUCCCUAUUAGAAUAAAAGUUCCAAAAGCAA